CAUAGUUUUAAUGGCAGAUUUCUGGUAUUAUUUGGAGAUAAUUUUUCUUUAGUAAAAAUGUUAAGAAAGGUCAUCAUUUGUAGCAUAUUCCUAAUUUUUGUUAUUAUGUAUCUUUAUAACUAUGCCUUGUAUUAAAAUUCUAUUAAAGCAAACUCUAUCUAAAAUUAACUGAAGGAUGUAGUUCAGUUGAUAUUUUAUGUUAGUUUCCAAAAAAGCUUUAAUUUUCAACUGCUUAUAAUUCGAAAAUCAUUAGUGUCUUAACAUUUUCGCUGAGAAAAAAUUGUCUCCGAAUGAAACCAUGAAUAUGCCAUUAUAAACUUUUUCGCCAGUUCUGGGAUACCUUGUAUAUAUAUAUAAAUAUAUAUAUAACAACCUCUAAAGUUUUGUUGACCUAACACAUAUUUAUCAUGAUGACACGUACAGAGAAUCAGUCAGUCUCUCGUGGUCUUUUGAACCAUAUUGUGGUAGAUAUAAUGAUUGUAAUAAAGUUUAAUAUCCAAAAUAUUAGUAUAUAAACCGACAUAUAAACGUAGUGGAGAUACAAUUAAUAUUGUUUUUGGAAAUAUAUUGUCACCAGAAAAUUAUACUUUACAUAUAAAAUAUUUUGGUAAAGUUGAUCAAAUCUUCGGAAUUAUUGACGUGGAAAGAAAAACAAUUUGGCUAGCUGCUCUGAACUUCCAGAUAAUAGACAUUCCACAAAUAAUUGAUUGUUGGGAUAACCGAUUUUUAUUAGAAGCAACCUUUAACAUAUCUAUAGGUUGUGAACUAUGCACGGCUUUGUCAAAUAUGCCAUUGCGAAAUACGGAAACUGAUAAGCACAGUAUGUUAUGGACACACUUUGAUACCACACCUGCAAUAUCGCCUUAUCUCGUAACAAUGCUUGUGUCUAAUGACCUAACCAUUGAUAAAAACAAACCUCGAAAAAUUAAAAUAUGGUGCAGGAUCGAAUCUUUAUUUGACAUAGAAUUUGCAGAAAAUGUAGCUAAUCUUAUUACGUCAGUUUUUGAAAGACAUUGGAUGCGUUUGAACAAUACUUCGCACGCCACUCAUGCUGCAAUUUCGAAUUUCCAUGACAAAGGCAUCAUAGUUUUCGGAUUUGUUUUUUAUAGGGAAAUAGAUAUCAUCUUUAAUACAUUUUUAUAUCCUGUUGCUCGCGCAAUCCAAGUUGCUCAAAAAGUAGGAUAUAAAGUGGCACAGCAAUGGUUUUAUAAUAUGAACAAUCCGUUUCUGUCAACUUUUUGGUUUAAUAUUGGUCUUACUACAUUUCUUGCAAUAGGUGCUGUCGAUUGGGUUUAUCCAAGAUAUCAAAUAAUGAAUUUAUUUGUUGUUCAAAAUCAACAUAAUUCUUUUUCUUUGGAUGGUGAUUAUCAUAUGUGGGAUUCUCCUUUACAAGAUGACAGUUUAUUAAAAAUUCGCGAAUCCAUCAGAGCACCUUGUGUAAUACGCAUGAUGCAAUACGCUUACACCGAAGAAUUCUUUUGGAAAACCGUUCGCCCAUAUGUAUUUGGCGAACAACAUAUGGGGCUUUUUAUUGACAAAAUUGUUAAUGCUGCAAAAAAACCAUCCCGUUCUAUACAAAUAUUAAAUUUGUGGCAUAUGGAAACGCAUUGUCCUAUCAUAAAAAUAAUACGAAAUAUUUCGGAUACUAUGAGCGAAGUAAAUAUAUCGAUACAAUAUACCGACACAUUAAAAAUUGACUGCCUUCCUGUAACUUUUACUACAGAAGCGUCACUCGAUUUUUACAAUUUUACAGAUUAUAUGGUAUGCGUGAAAGAGAAUUUAAAAUUAUCAUUAGCACUUAAUGAAAGUUAUUGGAUGAUAUUCAAUGUACAACAAAUUGGAUAUUACCGCGUGAAUUACGAUAUCGAGAACUGGAAAAGGAUUUCAAAUUAUCUAAACUUUGAAGAUUACACGAAAAUUCAUGUUCUUAAUCGUGCACAAAUUAUCGAUGAUGCAUUUCAUUUAAUGAUAGCAGGCCAACUCGAUUCAUAUUUAUUCUGGGUUAUCAUAAAGUAUCUGCAUCGAGAAGAAGAUUAUAUAGCUUGGUAUCCUAUGUUUAAAGCUCUAGAAUACCUGUUCGGUACCCUUUCAGCGUUGGGAGAAAAAUUUAACAAUGUUAAAGGAACAAUAAAAUUCGUAUUAUUCGGUGUACUUAAAAAAAUUCCAUACGAAGAAAUUCAUGAGAAAGACGAACUUAGAAAGUGUUUACGACAAGAAGCUGCAAGAUGGGAUUGUUUUCUCGGUAGCACCACUUGUAAGAAAGAAGCAAACAAUAAAUUAAAACAACAUAUCCAAGAUUUUCCAUCACACAGAAUUUUGCCAUGGUGGAAAGAAUGGACGUAUUGUACAGGUUUGAUGAUAACUACCAUAAACGAGUCUACUUGGAAAUCAGUGUUUGAUAUAGGAGUGAGUAAAUCUGACGCUAAAUUUUUGGAAUACUUGGCUUGCCCUGAAGAUAUUGAUGUCAUCAUCUAUUAUUUAAAAAAUAAACAGUAUCAUUCUAUACAACAAGAAUAUCAACUUGAUGUUAACAGUUUCUUACAUAUUAUUACGAAGCAUGCAAAGAAUUCAACAAUACUGAAGUACAUAUUAGAUCAUUUUAAUGAAGUAAAACCAAAAGAGAUUAAUUUCAUUGCAACAUUAAUUAUUAUUAUUAAUAAUGAUUAUUCAACCAAUUUAUUUGAGCGCAUAUUAGUGUAUGUUGGACGUAUUUUAGACACUAACUUAGUUGAAGUAAAUAACACAGAAGGUUUAUUUAAAAUACGUCAAAUAAAGAAGAGUGACAUUCUGAUAAAUAAGAAGAACUUAUAUGACGACAUAUUAAAACGGAUAAUGAAUCGGGAGAAUCAAAUCACAAGACAAAAACAUUAUUUUGCAAGAUUUUUUGUAUAAUAUGUGGUUUUGAAAAAAAUGUCAUUUUUGCAUACGUGGACAUACUUCA